CGUGACUAAACCUGAAAAAUGAAAGUAGUUGAUGGUGCACCGCUAGUUGAGUCCGUAUAAAAAAAUAAUUAGGAUCGGCCCCUCAAAUAGGUAUAAAUAACAAUUGAGAUUUGCAGAAAGGGGAAAAGAGGGAGCUCAAUUUGCAGCAGCCAGCAGUCGUUUGUGUUUGUGUGUGUGCGCGCAUGUGUGUUAUGUGUAUGUGUUGGAAUCUUGACCAGUGGCCCCUUUGUUUUCCUCCAUUCUUUUUCCGCCAUUAAAACAAUUUGACAUCUUAACAUCCUUUUUAGCCUUUUCUAGGGUUCCUUCACUUUUCCUCAUUCCCCUAUUUUCUCUCCUUUUUCACGCCUCAAGACUCUGCUUCACUAUUCUGACAUAUUGGUUACUUUUGAGGUUUCUAUUAUGGCUGACGGGGAGCUGGACAUUUCUAACCAAGAAAUGUUGUCAAGUUCGAAUUUUGGUGAAUUUAGUAGUUCAAUGGACAGUUUUUUCAAUGAGAUUCUCAAGGAUGCGCAUGCCUGUACUCAUGCCCACACUUGUAACCCGCCUGGUCCUGAUAACUCUCAUACUCACACUUGUUACCAUGUUCACACCAAAAUUGUGCCUACCACAGAUGACGAUAAGAACCCCAGUGAUGAUACUGCAGAGUCUGCAGAUAAUAAAGGGAAGAAACGCCCUGUGGGUAAUAAGGAAGCUGUUCGCAAGUAUCGUGAGAAAAAGAAGGCUCGGGCUGCUUCAUUAGAGGAUGAAGUUAUCAGAUUGAGGGCUAUAAAUCAGCAACUCUUGAAGAGGCUGCAGGGUCAGGCCGUAUUGGAAGCGGAGGUUGCUAGGCUCAAGUGUUUGCUUGUGGAUAUACGAGGAAGGAUUGAAGGGGAAAUUGGAUCAUUUCCAUAUCAGAAGCCCAUGAAGAGUGGCAAUACAUAUCAGCACAUAGUUAAUCCUAACUUUCCUGGAGCAUAUGUGGUGAACUCUUGCAAUCUACAAUGUGAUGAUCAGGUUUAUUGCCUCCACCCAGGUGCAGAAGGUAAAAGCUCAGAUGGCACUGUAUUAAAUGGACAAGGCUUCAACAACUGUGAAUUUGAGACUCUCCAAUGCUUGGGUAAUCAAACCACUGGGCUGGAGGAGGUUCCUGGGUGUGUUGUGGGUAAUAGCACACCUACUGACAACACUUCUGGUCAAAGCAAGAGAAAAGGAGGCACGCGUACAACAACAACAAGUUGAUGAACUUCUUAGGAGAGCAUCAUUGUUCUUGAGAAUAAGUAUGUUUUGUCAUGUGCUCUCUACUGGGAGAAAUUAUGUGCCCUCUCUGGGGAUUUCUCCCAGUUUCUCUACCUUGCUGAGUUCAAAUUGAGAAUCUUCUUCUGGCUGUUGAGUUGGUGGUCUAGUAGGUAUCUGAGUGUCCGUUGUUUAUCAACAGUCAUGUAAAGCAGAAACAACCAAACGAAUAUAGCUAGCAGAACUCAUGAAGAGGAUACCAAGGGUUGUGGUUUUCUGUGAAGAUCUGGAAGCUUUAUUCCUCACUGUUGUAUUUAUUCAUUCUUUGAUCUUUGAUGAAUGUCGCCUCUUGCCUAUGGAUGUCUAAAUUGAUAGUUCUCUUUCUUAGAUUAUGUGAAUUUGAAACCGCUAAAUUUGAAAUAGAUGGUGGCUUUUUAUUUA